CGCUGGGGCCGGACUCCCGCCGCCAUGGACCCCCGCCGCCCACUCACCUGGGCACUGGUGCUGCUGGGCACCGGUCUGGCGCUCGCGCUGGGCCCCGCGCCGGCUCCGGAAGCCCCAGAAAAGCUGUGCGGCCACCACUUGGUGCGCGCGCUGGUGCGGGUGUGCGGGGGCCCGCGCUGGUCCUCCGAAGACGGGCGGCGAGUGGCUGGCGGAGACCGUGGCUCGUGGAAACGUGCACAACGGGGGACCCGUGAGCGCGGCUCGAGAGUGCGCACACCUGGACGGGGGAUUAUGUCCGUGCUCGGUGAGCUGCUGCAGUGGCUGGAAGGACGACAUCUCCACGGGCUGGCGGCCGAUGGGGACCCCACGCUGGUUCUCGUGCCACAGCCCCUGCCCCAGGCCUCUCGCCGUCACCGCCCCCGCCGGGCAGCCGCCGCCAACCCUGCACAUUUCUGCUGCCUCAGUGGCUGCACCCGGCAGCACCUGUUGACCCUGUGUCCUCACUGAACCCGCCUGGGUGUGGCCUCAGAGGAUCC